UUUGAAAUAAUUGUUAUAUUUCAAUACAUAUAUGUAUUUAUUUUACAUAUCUUAUACAAUUUAAUAUUAAGUUUCAAGUUAAAACAAAUAUUUAUACUCUUCAUAGCAUCCUAUAUUCAUGUGUGUGGCCGCAAAAAUCCCAACUAUGGUGAAUGCAUUGUGGAUAGCAUCAAUAGUGCAAGGAGUAAGGUCUGUACGGGGAUGCCGGAAUAUGACAUUCCUCCGCUCGAGCCUGUGACUAUUGACAAAAUAGUUAUUUACAACACAGAUAAUCUUAAAUUAAGUGUUGAAGAUUCAAAAAUAAGAGGAUUUUGCGAUUUCGAAAUAAAGUCUAUUAACAUAUCCCCUGACCAGCUUCAAUUCGAUGUUGAUUUCAUGCUUAAACAUCUUGAAAUGGACUCCACAUAUGACUUCGACAUACGUUUAUUGGUGUCACUUGCUAAUAGGGGGCUGGUUAAGGUUUUUGCAGAUAACUUAGAAGGAAAAUUGGUCAUAGACUUUAAAAUAGAAACUAAGAACGAUCGAACAGAAAUAUAUGCGUCGAAAGUAAACGUUAAUCUCGAUGUUAAGACAUUUAAAUUUGAGUUUGAUGACAGCGAGAAAGAUAUGGUUCAACUACAUGAAAUUCUUAGUCAAACCAUAAACGAUAAUCAACAGGAUAUUAUCAAUAAAGUUAAACCAAUAUUUGAAAAGAAGUUCUCCGAAGUGGUCAUGACAGUUGCUAACAAGAUUGCUUACAACAGAAAGGAGCAAUUGUUUCCUGACAAGCCAUAAAUUGUCUAGAAGUCUAUAAAAUUUUUGCAUACAAAGUCGCUAUAUGCAUUCUAUAAUGCAUCCGAUUUAAAAGAAUAAUUGAAAUACAUUAUGUACAACAUAUAUGUUUUUAAUUAUUAAAAAUAACAAUAUUUAAAAAUUUGGCAAUAUAUGUUUUAUUUGAGUUGAUUAAUAAGAUACCUAUAUACCGUUUAUAAAUAGAUCACUAGUACAUUAUAGCACAGAUUUGUCUAGAAAAUAAGUUAGCCAAAUAAAAAUAUGUUUUGUCUUUGUA